UAUUACAUAAUACAAUGAACUCUAUGUGAAGAAUAAAAUAUGUCAAGCACGCCAUAUCUUAGUUUCAUCUUGUUCUCAAAGAUAACCGCAUAUACACAGCGAAACGGAAAAAUCCAAAAUAAACGUUCAAGAACAGUUUUUACAUUUGAAGGAGUUAAGCAAUCAUACGAACUUAAAUCAAAAGUCUAGAAGUUUAAAAAUGGACAGGAACAAACCAUACACGGAAGAAGACGACGAAGCUAAACCAAAAAAACAAAGAAUGGAUUCAGAUGCAGAAAUUAAUGCACCAGUGAUCUUAUAUGAAAGGACAGAUGGAACUCAUAGUCUAAAAAAUAUUGAUCCAUCGUGUACGGACAUGCAUCUUGAUGAUGAAUUGGACGAGGUUUCUAACAUCUCAACUCUUCAUCUAUCAUUUCUUGUCAAUUUACUCAUUCCAAAUCACCUUAUGGCAACAAAAGAACAAGCAGAAUCGGACAUGGAAAAACUAAAUGCGAGACUUCAUCAAGAAUAUAAAUCUUUCCAGUCUAAUUGCAUUUUUGUCGGAAGCAAUGCCGAACGUUACCAGAUACCCAGAGUUGUAUCAAAACAACCAGGAAAAGAGGCGAAAGGCAUUCAUUAUAGCGAUAUUGAUAUAUUAAUGGUAUGGGAUGUUCCAUCCAUUAAAGAGUUAGAUUCAAAAUCUAUUAAACAAAAUCUUGUACUUGAAACAGAAAAUGUUCACCCUGGUUAUUGCAGAGUUUUUGUUAAUGAUCCUGAAACGGUCCUUCGAGAUUUAGACCCAUCAACUGCCCUAUGCUUCGACGAAAAACUAUUUUACAAUGCAAAGAAAGUGAGGGAUGAUAUGAAAAUAGUGGCAGAUCUUUAUCUCAUGAAACAGUCUUUCGAUCAACUUAAAGUUGAUCAGAAAGGUCCUGCACUUGGACUAGAAGAUAUUACCGAAAGAACUUUAGAAACAUUUCUAUCAAACGUUAGACCUAAUCAUCCAAGACAUGAACUUGUUCCAGCUCUACCAAUUGUAUGGCCAAGAAUUGCAGAUAAUUGGAGGUUCAGACCAAGAAACAAUGGAUGGUUAACUGAUGAGUUAAUUAAAUCCAUUGUAAAUGAAGGUUGCCACGCAGUCCCUGUUCCACAUCGCCACAGUGAACAUCCAGAUAUAGAAUGGAGGCUAUCAUUUGCUACAUCGGAAGUUCGUUUGGCAAAAGAAGUUGUAAAUGAUGACCAAAGAAAAUGUUUAAUGUAUCUGAAAGUGUUACGCCAUGAAACAAUGAACAAAUUCGAGCUUCUGUCGUCAUAUCAUUUCAAAACAGCUUUUUUGUAUGCAUGCGAUCGAAUACCACUGAAAAGUUGGAGGGAAAAUCCAGGAUUUUGUAUUUUGUAUGUUCUAGAUACAUUGUUGGACUUCGUUAGAAACCGUUUUCUUCCUAGUUAUUUUGUACAAGAAAAUAACCUUCUAGAUCAUUUGAAAGAAGACGAAUUUUUAAUCCUUCAAACUAUUCUAGAAAGUGUUCGGUCUGAUCCAGUGAUCCCCAUUUUGAAUUUUACCGACGUGAAUGUUGUAGGCAUGCACAGUGCAACAGAGACAUUUCGAAACAUCAUUCAAGGAGUUAUUGAAGACAGUGUAUGUUUCAAACAAAACAAAAACAAGACGACAUCAAUGAACGUUUUCAGACAAACUCUACACACAUUUAUUUUUCAUCUCUUUGUUGAUGACAAGGUGGAAGCUGUUGUUCGAUAUGUUGGCGAUUUUUUCGAAUUCUUUCGUGUAUUUUAUCAAAUGGACAGCUUUAGCAAGUACUUCGAAUCCUUUACAAUCCACUGGGAAAUCAUUUCGCAAAGCAUUCGCUACUUUGAAAUUGCUAUUAAUCUGUUCUCCUGUCGAUACACAGGUGUGAACAGUUUCCAUGGAAACCUUGGGGCACUGUAUUUUGCAUCCUCAUUCCAAUGUAUAACAAAGUCCGAAUUGUCAAAAAAAGCACUCAAUAAUGCGAAACAUCAUUUCGAUCAAUAUAUAAGUGAGCUUGGUCUUAACACGCAAGUUGCUGUGCAUUUCACACUGUUUCUUCGUGCAACUGGGAAAAUUGAUUUGUGUAUUGAAUUACUGAACAAAAUAAUACAAAAUGAAAAUGAAAACCCGAAAAAUUGCUACAAUCUUUCUACUGUAGUUAUUUUAGAAGCAAACUUGAGACGCAACUUGAAGGAUCUACUUUCUGAAAGCCCUGAAAGAAGAAUCAUUGCUAUACCAGCAAUUUCUCUAGCUUAUUAUCUUCUUUCAGUUGUGACAUUUCAGCACCGUAAUCACGACGAGAUCAUGGAUAAUAUUUUAGAUAAAUUUAAUGCACAUUGUCAAGAUCGAAACACUUUUCUUGACCACUACUUAUUCUCUUUGUGCUUACAAAAUAUUAAAAAAUGGAAAUUAGCUGAAGUGUCCUUUCAAAAGACUGUGGACAUUCUUUUAGAGUCAGACUCCUUAUCAUGUCUUCAUGAACUAUCUUGUCACAUUGAUGAACUUAUAAAAGUUUGUAGAAUUGAAGAUCUGCUCUCACAAGGAAAGGUUGGUGAAACAUGCGAGUACAUCGUUGAGACCAUCUUAGAACCAUUUGGCAAAGAUAGCCUGCAUCUCGUCGAAAACGUUGCAUGUUUAAUUAGUGCACCCAGCAGGAACAAGUUUUUGAACGACAUUUUCCCACAACUACAGCAACAUUGUGGCAAUGAAUCCAUGUUUUAUGGAAUCUUGGCACGUUUACAUUUCAGAUCUGCUUUUGACAGUUUGCCAGAUUCAGAAGACAGAUACAUAUCAAUUGCAAAAGCUGAUACGCUCUUUUCAACAUUUCUGUCUGAAGAAGAAAAUAAAAUGUCUGCAACAGUAGUGGAUUAUGCUCUAUUCCUCUGUUACCAAGAACGAUGGUCCGAAUCAGCAGAUCUUCUUCAGAAAUUUAUCUGUCAAAAAUUCCCGCUAGACCAGUCUACCUGUUACGACAUAAAACAAUAUGAUACUCUUGAUGAUAUGCUGAAGAAGGAAAUUGAAAUUCAUUCUCAAAUUAAGGCUCAUACAAAAGCAUUUGCAUAUUUAUUUCUUAUCAAAUCCUUGGUGAAAAUGGGCGAAGUUCAAAAUGUUGAAAGGGCAAAAGAAGAAUUUGCAGAAUUUUGUGAAGAAAUUGAGGAGGAUAGAUUGAGAUCAUACAGUCUGCUUGGGUACAGCGAACUACAGAGUGAAAACUGGUCCGCGGCUGAACAUUGGUUCUACAAGGCAGUUCAAGGAUCGUGGCACUACACAGCAGCGAAACAAAAUGUAGCUUUCUGUAGGUCCAAAAUGCCUAAGUUAGUGAACAGUAUAUACACUGAAAAGUAUUUGCCCUUCUGCAUUGCGGCAGAAUUGAAAGGAAUGUUCUGAAAGAAUAAAAAAUUAUAAUGUCCUCAUUAAGAUUAACAAAUUGUUACGAUGGUGUGAAAUCUUGAUUGCUUCAAACCGUAGAAGUAUUAUAUUGAAAUUUUACUUCCAUGUCCAAACUAAGAACACACAUCAGAACGUAAUAUUGUGCUAACCUCCGCCUAGUCACAUGCACAUUAUAUUGAUUGACUGGUCAAACACAUAUUAUUAACAACACUUAUAGUGCACGUGACUGUUAGGCAAUGAAACGCUUUUCCCGAAAUAAUUUAUUUCAACUCUAUAUAAGAAAAAGUUAUAACAACGGAAUUCAACAAAAAAGUGGUAUACCUUAUUGGAAUACCUAAGUUAGUGGCGGUUGUUUACAUAUUAUAUAAAGCAAGACAAAUUUUGAUUGAGAAUUAAAUUUAUGUUUG